UCUUUUCACCUUCUCCGUUCUCUUCAUCCUCGAUAGCAGUCUUGAGUUAUAGUUAACUACCAAGAAGAAGUUGCAGCGUCUUGAUUCUGAGAGAGUGAUGAGCGAUUCGAAGGUAGAGAUCAUCUCGAGACUUGCUCAAUGGAAGAUAGAGAACUUAGUUCCCUGUUCUUACAGAAGGUCCGACCUUUUCAAAGUGGGAAUCUGGAACUGGCACUUGUCGGUAGAGAAGAACCGAUAUCUCUACAUUCGUUUGUUCCCAGAGCUUUGUCGGAUUUCUAAAGAACAGCCUCCAAUCGCCAGAUUUGUUCUCCGAGUAUCCGAUUUUGGAGCUAACCGCUGCCCAUAUAUCUCGCCGAUUCAGGAGAGGCUGCUUCGGACCGGUGAAGACUUUGUUUGGCCUGUUGAUUCUAGUACUAAUGGUCGAGUAAUCAUUGAUGUUGAAUUUCUUGACCUCAAGAUCUCUCCACUAAAUGGUGGAGAAGCCUAUUCUAUAUGGCCUAGUGAAGGAACAGUGCAGAAGAACCUUGCAACAGAAACCACCCUGCGAUGCUUCUCUCGUAUGCUUGAUGAGGCUAUCCAUGCAGAUGUCACCAUCAACACAGCUGAUGGAACACUGAGUGCUCACAAGGCUGUUUUGUCUGCAAGCUCCCCUGUGUUCCAGAGUAUGUUCUUGCACGACCUCAAGGAGAAAAAUUCUUCUACAAUUGAGAUAGAGGAUAUGUCACUAGAAUCCUGCACAGCUAUGCUCAGUUACUUGUAUGGGACCAUAAAACAUAAGGAUUUUUGGAAUCACCGGAUUGCACUUCUUGGGGCAGCAAACAAGUAUGAUAUUACUGACCUAAAAGAAGCUUGUGAAGAAAGCCUCUUGGAAGAUAUCAGCUCCAGCAAUGUCCUUGAGAGGCUACAAGAGGCCUGGCUCUACCAGCUGAACAAGCUGAAGAAAGGGUGCUUGACGUAUUUGUUCGAUUUUGGCAAAAUAUAUGAUGUUAAAGAUGAAAUGAAUAGUUUCUUCCACCAUGCCGACAGAGAAUUGAUGUUGAAAAUGUUUCAGGAGGUCCUUGCAGUGUGGAAACCUGCAUGACUUCCACUCUGCCAAAUUUAUUAGCAUUUACUGUGAUUGCAUACAUGUAAGAAUGUAUAUACAUAUCUUUUGUAUGCUAUCAUAAUGCAGGCAUAUUACCCAUGUUAGCAGUAUAUGGAAGAUUUUUCUCUCUUAGUUGUUUUGAGUUCAA